AUGGCGUCCGUGCGUCUUUUCUUAAUUUUCUCUCUCCUUUUGAUUUUUCCACUGGUUUCAAUCAAAGCCCAGCAGCCAUACAUCAAGAAGCUGAGCACAAACUGCAGGGUCAGAAAUGCCUCAACUUCUGUUCUUGGUUAUGCCUGUAAUGGCGUUAAUCGUACCUGCGAAGCUUAUCUCACCUUUCGAUCCCGACCCCCGUAUAACACUGUUACUUCCAUCUCCAAUCUAUUGAAUGCAAACGCCACUCAGCUAUCUCAACUCAAUUCCGUUUCUGAAACCGCUACUUUUGGAACCGGUGAGACAGUUCUCGUGCCCACCAGGUGUUCGUGUCUUGGUGAGUUCUAUCAAGCCAAUGCAACGUAUGUUAUCCAAGCCGGAGACACCCCUUUCACAAUCGCAAACAAUACUUUUGAAGGGCUAUCGACUUGUCAUGCUGUUCAGGUUGAAAAGAGCAAUCUUACCAUUGAUAUAUAUCCUGGUUCAAGACUCACUGUGCCUUUAAGAUGUGCUUGUCCAACCGAAAAGCAAGCUGCUGAUGGUAUCAGGUAUUUGUUAUCUUACUUGAUCACUUGGGGACAAAGUGUUUCAUCCAUAAGUGCGAUCUUUGGGGUUGAUACUGGGGUGACUCUUGCAGCCAAUCAAUUAUCAGAACAAGAUUUUACCAUUUAUCCCUUCACCACCCUUUUAGUUCCCCUCUCCGACCAACCUUCAAGAUCUCAAACCAUAGCACCACCACCCCCACCAACAACAUCGCCACCACCAUCAUCACCACCACCACCCACUUCCUCCGGUGAUAAUAAAUGGAUAUACAUGCUCGUGGGAGUCCUUGGAGGGGUUGCUCUCACAUCUUCAAUUGGGUUCGCUGUUUUUUGGUUUUGCUUUCUUCAGAAGAGAAAGCAGAUUCCUCCACCUAUGGUUUCUUCUGCUUCUCAGAGCUUUGAAGCAAUCGUGAAACCAGGGGAUAAGAAGUUGGAUGUUGAUGAAGACUCGGACUUCAUGGAAAGUUUGAACAGCAUAGCUCAAUCCCUCAAAGUAUACAAAUUUGAAGAACUUAAGUCAGCCACACAAGAUUUUAGCCCCAAUUGUUUAAUCAAGGGAUCUGUUUACAAAGGCACCAUCAAUGGAGACCUUGCUGCCAUCAAGAAAAUGCAUGGAGACGUCUCGAAGGAGAUUCAGUUGCUUAACACUAUUCACCAUCAUAAUCUCAUUCGCCUAUCAGGUGUUUGUUUUAAUGACAGCCAUUGGUACCUUGUUUUUGAGUUUGCUGUCAACGGACCCUUAAGUGCCUGGAUCUAUCAAGAUGAACAUGAACAAACCACCAACAAAUCCUUGAAUUGGAUUCAGAGAAUACAAAUCGCUUUGGAUGUAGCAAACGCGCUUGAUUAUCUUCAUAGCUAUACCACUCCUCCAUACGUCUACAAGAAUCUAGAGAGCAGCAACAUCCUUCUCGAUGAUGAAUUCAGAGCCAAGAUUAUAAAUUUUGAUCUCGCAAGAUCAGCCGAAGGGCAAGAAGGUCAAUUCGCACUGACUAGACACAUAGUUGGUACUCGAGGUUACAUGUCUCCAGAGUAUUUAGAAAACGGGAAACAUGUGUAUGAGCUUUAUGAGAAAGUGAAGAAGAAUUUGUCUGAGGUUUUGGAUGAUAUUCUUGAGGAAGAAGAUACAGACGAAAAUCAAAAGUUGACCGAUUUCGUUGACCCUUUUCUCCAAGGGGAUUAUCCUCCGCAACUCGCCAUGUCUGUAAUCCGAUUGAUCGAUGGUUGCCUGGAUAAAGAUCCAUCCGCUCGACCUGACAUGAAUGAAGUUUCACAAUCUCUUUCUAGGGUUUUGACCACCUCACGGGCUGUAGAUGUUUCAGUAACCAUUUCAGUUCAAGGGAGAUGA